UCUCUGACCACUUCCAUGACCUCCUUCAAAUCCUCAAUUUCCAUGAACCGCGGCAGUGAUCAUCCUGGACGGGCCUCCGGCGAGGUCCACGUCAUAAUGGGGCCCAUGUUCGCCGGGAAAACUACCGCUCUUCUCCGCCGGAUCAAGUCUGAGGGCAACAAUGGGAGGAAUGUGGCAAUGAUAAAAUCGAGCAAGGAUUCAAGAUAUGCGAAAGAUUCGAUUGUGACACAUGAUGGGGUGAAAUUCCCGUGCUGGGUUUUGCCGGAUCUGUUGUCGUUUAGACAGAAAUACGGAGAUGAUGCUUAUAAAAAGCUGGAUGUAAUUGGUAUUGAUGAAGCCCAAUUUUUUGAGGAUCUCUAUGAUUUUUGCUGCAAGGCUGCUGACCAUGAUGGAAAAACUGUAGUUAUUGCUGGCCUAGAUGGUGAUUACUUGAGAAGGAGCUUUGGCUCAGUACUUGACGUAAUACCUCUUGCUGAUUCUGUAACCAAGUUGACAGCUCGUUGUGAACUAUGUGGCAAAAAGGCUUUCUUCACUUUGAGAAAGACAAAGGAGACACAGACAGAACUAAUUGGUGGGGCUGAUGUCUACAUGCCUGUCUGCCGCCAGCACUAUGUUAAGGGACAAGUUGUGAAGGAAGCUGCAAGGAGUGUUCUGGAAUGCUGUAAAGUUAAGAGUGACUGCUAUCUUGAGACAACUUCAGUUGUUUAGUAACAUAUAGGGCUUGUUUACAGCCUACUCCAUUUGCUUGGGCUGGUAUUGUUCUUCUAUUUGUUGUUUGUAAUCUACACAAAAUAUGGUGAAUUUGGACAUUUUCAUUUAGUGUUUCUUUGAUGUUUUUCUCUUGUUAUGUAUAUAGAUAAUUAAUGAAAUUUCUUCCAUGAAAUC